AACCGCCAGCGUCUAUCACGAUUCACGAAAAUAUCGAAAGUAUCAACUUGCGGAGAUUUUGAUUUAAUUUAUAAUAUAUUUGUUGAAUAAUUAUACAAUCCACAUAACGUUAAGUUUAGCAAAUAAUAAAUACACGAUAUCAGUUAAUCAUUUAACAUGGCUGAUGAUGGUGAAAAUGUUGCUGUUAUGACAGUUAAAGAACCUCUAGACUUAAUCAGACUCAGCUUAGAUGAAAGAAUUUACGUAAAAAUGCGAAAUGAACGUGAAUUACGAGGAAGACUUCAUGCCUAUGAUCAACAUUUGAAUAUGGUUCUUGGUGAUGCAGAAGAAACUAUUACCACAGUAGAAAUUGAUGAGGAAACAUAUGAGGAAGUAUAUAGGACAACAAAGCGUAAUAUUCCUAUGCUUUUUGUAAGAGGAGAUGGUGUUAUUCUUGUAUCUCCGCCUGUGCGAGUUGGUGUUUAAGAAUUUAGUAUUAAUAAAAACAUAUUUUGUAAAACAUUUA